AUGCAAGCAAUUGGAGAAUAUCCUGUAGAGUGUGAGGAUUAUGAAAUAGAGAUGAUUUUAUUUGCACUGGCUAAUUUAAAUGAAAGAGACCCAGAAUCGCAAACUUUUUUAAAAAAGAUAAUUUCUAUUCUGUUGGAGAUAAAAGUUUCUACUUCUACGUAUUUAACUAUUCUUAACAAAGUUGUUGUGUCGAAUAAAUGUCUACUCAAAAUAUCUUUAGUGGGAGUUCCUCAAAGUAUGCCCCAAGAAGUUUUAAAUGAUGAAAACGCGAUUAUUCAAAUAUUAAUUAAUGAUUACAAUGGUGAAAAAUGCAAUUUUAUUAUGAAAAUUAUUUUUCCUUAUCGUAAUUCAAGAUUAGCAUAUUUAAAGAAUACUAUUCGUCCUCAUGAAUCAUUAAUUUUUGUAGUUGGACAAAUUGCUAAAGAGAAAGAAGAAUCAUUUACAUCAAAUUCGAAUGAUGCUCACAACAAACCUGAACUUAAUUCAUCUGAUAAUUUACCUUUACAAAAACGUGUACAAAUUGAAGAUGUCAAAGAUGAACAAUCAGAUCAUAAGUCCUAUGCAGAUGAGACAAAUACUUUAAUUGAUUUUGAACAGGAAGAAGGAGAACCAAGUAACAGUUACCAAGAAAAUAGUUUACAAGGUUGUAAAGGCUUCAUGGCUACGCUAGUAGUGCAAGGACUUGUUGUUUGGCUUCACGACUGCAGUAGCAGUGCAAGGACUUAUGUUGUAUUUGGCUCCACAGCUGCAAAUAGCAGUACAAGGACCAUAAUAUGA